AUGAACCCUUACGUUCUUUCCACAUUCAUAUUUAGCCUUGGACUAGGAACGUUCAUAACCUUUAUUAGUUCUAACUGAAUUCUAGCCUGAAUAGGCUUAGAAAUCAACACACUAGCUAUUAUUCCACUUAUAGCACAACCCCACCACCCACGAGCAGUAGAGUCCGCAACUAAAUAUUUUAUAACACAAGCUGCUGGAGCAGCAAUUAUUAUAUUUUCAAGCCUAACAAAUGCCUGAACAACAGGAGUCUGAGAUAUUAAUAGCCUAACUAACCCAAUCGCCAGCACAAUAUUUAUAAUAGCCUUAGCAUUAAAAAUUGGACUUGCACCCACACACUUCUGACUACCAGAAGUUCUUCAAGGAUUAGACCUUACAACAGGAUUAAUCCUCUCAACCUGACAAAAACUUGCUCCAUUCGCAUUACUUAUUCAAACAGCACAUAACAUUGACCCGUUACUACUCACAUUUUUAGGAGCUGUGUCAACAAUGGUGGGAGGCUGAGGAGGCCUUAACCAAACCCAACUACGAAAAAUCAUAGCCUACUCAUCAAUUGCGCACAUGGGCUGAAUAAUCGUGAUUAUUCAAUUCUCACCUAAAAUCGCUUUAAUCUCACUAACAAUUUAUAUUAUUUUAACCUCCGCAAUAUUCAUGAUUUUUAAAACACUAAUAAUUAAAAAACUCGACUCAAUAUCAAUCAUUUGAUCAAACAACCCAAUCUUGGCCUCAAUAGCUGCCCUAGUCCUCCUAUCACUAGCAGGACUUCCCCCACUUACAGGUUUCAUACCCAAAUGAUUAAUUUUACAAGAAAUAGCUAAACAAGAAAUAUUAAUUAUUGCCACAAUUAUAGCCUUAGCUACCCUAAUUAGCUUAUUCUUCUACCUACGACUAUGUUACGUAAUUAUACUAACAAUUAAACCAGAUGUAAGUAAUAAGCCAUCCGUAUGACGAUGUAAACAAACUAAAAUACCUCUCCCAGUACUAUUAAUAAUUACAAUAGCCAUACUCCUUCUUCCAACAACCCCAACCGUUUUAAUCUUAUUUACCU